AUGAGUAAUGUGUUAACUCGUGGUCGCCUUUCACAUUCGUUUUCGAACUCUGACCAAGAUGCUUUCGAAAAUGCAAUUAUUCGAGUUGGCACAGAUUUUCAAGCUGAUCUUCCGCUUUUCAAUGGUGAACCACCUCCAAGCGUUUUGAAUCAACCAGAUCGAGGAGUUGCCUUAUGGCUUCCAAUACCUGUUAGUCUCCAUAAUCAGUUAGAGGAAUUCUUGAAUACAGCUACUGAAAAAUAUGGUUAUUCAGAAGAACAAGCUCUUGCUUUACUGACAUGGCAUAAAACUGAUUUUGAUCAUGCAUUAUCAGAUUUAUGCAAUUUUAGUCCAAUCAAAUAUGAAUGGACAAUAUCUGAACGAAGAAUAUUUUUUAUAUCUGUUGAUUAUUACAAUAAACAAUUUCAUCAAAUAAAAAAACUUUUUCCUAAUCGUACUGUCAAUGAAUUAAUUCUAUUCUAUUAUCUUAAUAAACGCAAUCAACAAACAUUGCAUGAAAUGGGUUUAUACGGACCUAAAUGGUCUAGUUUGUAUAAACGUGGUUAUUUAAUCCCAGGCAUUUUACCACCACCGGAUACUGUCCCUGUAAAGACAUUGACCAAUAAUCAUAAAAAAUAUACUAUCGAUUUAGAUACGAAUGAUCCAGUCGAUGCAGAAAUCAAACGUUAUUUUGAUACUUUGCAUGAUUGUGUGUUAUUACCGGAAUCGGAAGAAUCAAAUCAAGACACCGAACCUGGCGGUGGUGGUGGUGGCACAUCAAGUAUGCAAUCGGAUUCCGAGGCAGAAGUGCGUACACCAUCUUCUUCCGCAGUAGCUGCCAAUAUUGAAGGGAGUGAACAAGUAUUAGACUGUGAACAGAAUAAAGUAAGAAAAGAUUCCAACGGACCUGGUCGUAGACGUCGAAAACAAUAUGUUGCUGGCGGUAAAACUCGAUCUACCACUUCAGGAUUUAUUUUAUCCCAAUCAUCAUUAAAUUUAUUACCGGAUGAUUUUAAUCCAACAAAUCGUUUAUCUGUACGUAAACAUGCGCGUUUUGAAGAAGAGAUUGCAGCUGUAACAUCAUCCGCUAUAACUUCUGGUAAUAGUGGUCAGUUACGUGAGAACAACAAAACGUUAGUUGAAAUACAUACUGGCAUUAACCCUGGUGUACGUAGUUCCAGAAGAGGUAUAUUGUUCGCCACCACACCACAUACAAUAAGACCAACAUUACCUUCUGGAGUUUACCAUUCACAUAGACAAUUUCUUCGAGUAUGUUAUUACACAGCUGACCAAUAUAAUCAAGAAAUCGAUCAAUUGAAUAGUACAUUACAGACAUUAUGUAAACAGGUCGAUGAUGGGAAUGAGCUUGCUCAACGAGAAACUCAACUCCUGAAUGGUAUUACAUCGUUACAACCUCCUUCAUUGCCUAUUGAUCCCUACUGGAGUCCAGUGGAUAUACAACUGGCUUGUCAUGCUAUCGGUAAAUUAGGACGUGAUUAUGAAGGUAUCGCUGAGUGUUUAUUAAAUAAAACUCCAAAUAUGGUAGCCACAUUAAUAGAAACCCAUGGACAACACUUGAAUUUGAAUCAAUUAGCAUCAAUGGCUCCAAUUAUCAUACUUUAA